AUGUCACCCCUACCCAAACGACCGUGGUCUGAGGUCAGCAUGGAUUUCUGUGGACCAUUUCCGUCCGGAUCCUACUUAAUGGUCGUUGUUGAUGAUUAUUUGAGGUACCCUGUAGUCGAAAUUCUAUCAAAAUUAACAGCAAAGGCAGUGAUACCGAAACUAGACAACGUUUUCGCCUUAUUUGGAAUUCCUGAUGUAGUGAAAACCGACAAUGGACCUCCGUUUAACGGAUCGCUCUUCAAGGAGUUUGCAAAACAUCUAGGAUUUCAGCAUAGGAAAAUAACACCGUUAUGGCCACAAGCUAAUGGAGAGGCGGAAGUUUCAGUGUUCUUUUACCUCUCUCUCACAACAUUACAGUUUCGUAAAGCGUUGGUCGUGAUUAGUAAACUUUCAGUUUACUGGUUAAGAUAG